AUGAAAUCAAGCUUUAUUAAACCGUCAAGAUAUGGUUUACCAUCUCCAUUCCUAGAACGGCUAAACCCAGAAACAUCUCAAAAAUUAACCGAAUUUUCAUAUAAAAAAGUAGCUGCCAAAGUCAGAGACGCAAUAAGAAAAAAUUCACCUGCAAAUUGUUCUCAAAAUUUAUUAGCAGAAAACCCAGACCUAGAUCGUGCUUUAGAAUUAACUCGGCAAAAAGAAAGAAACUUUGAUAAAUCAAUUAAGCUCGAGCUAAGUAAAUUGCAUAUAAAUAAAGAGCCAAAAUUAACUGAAAAUAGUGAAAUUGUGAAGCCGUCAUUAAAAAUCAAAAUAAUAAUUCAAGAAAAAAAUACUGAGCCAAGUCAAGAAAAAAAGCCUAUAGAGAUGCCAAAGCUUAAAACAAGGCUAAUUAAAGAAAAAAUAAAAAGGAAAAAAACUUGUUCACCGAGAGCUAACACUUCAUUUAGAACUGAUUUACUAACAUCUUAUUUAGCAACUGCAAGGCAUACGUCAAUGGAUAUGACUGAGUCUCUCCCACCUUUGAUUAAAUCUACUCCAUAAAUAAAAUGACACUCGGCUCGAGUGAAAUUAGCGAAGCUAAUUUUCUCUCCCUCAUGGAAUUUUAUUUAUGGGGUUAGGUUUUCUCUCAAGAACUUCUGCACAGCAAUAGCGGUUUAACUCUGGGGAUAGCCAGAGGAGCUGCUCCUCAGUGCAUCAAGAGGCACAUGGUUUCACCUCUCAGCACAUCUCCACGGUAAGAUGACCCUUAGGCGGAGCACGCGCAGGAGCUGAGUCAGGGCAAAGGGCAACGGCAACUCACCCGGUGAGUCGUGCGGCGAAGGCUGGCGUCGAAGCUUUGAUAGAAGGCUUGGUCGUUCGGCUGACCACCGUAGUUCCAAGAUGACUCGGUGACAUCACUAGUUUAGCUAUAUCCCUUUUUAUAAGGGUGCGGCACUAGACACCUUAAGCACCAGAAAUUAAUUUAAGACUAAAUCUACUCCAAUUCAUAUGGACCCUUACUUUAAAUUCCCUAAAAAGACAAGUUCAAAUGAGUCAUCUCCUCGAUUAGUUGAAAAGCAUGGAAGACUGAACUCUUUAGAUGCAAUUAUGAAUGAUUGUAUUGAAUUUAAACCAACACUUAAACCUGACUACGAAGAAAUUCUUAGAACUCAAAAAGAAAGAGAUGACGAUUCAAAAGGUUUUUUAAAUUAUGUGAACGAUCUUGGUGAUAUAUUAAGAAUGGCACAUGAUGAGAGAUCAUUUAAUAAUAUGAUGUCAACAAGAAAUUACAAUAAAAAACUUGACAAAAAUUUGAAAAAUGACUCAAAUGAAAUCCAAGAUGACAUGUCAAUGGUGAUGCAGAAAAUAAUUGAUUUGGGUGGACAUAAAGUUUGGAGGCUAAACCAUACUUCAUUUAUGGCAAGAGCUGAUAAAGAAAUUAAUUCUUUUUCAAGAGUUAAGCCUGAAUAA